AUGUUAACACAACUUACUCCCCAUGGUCUACCCUUGCUGAAGUUAUCUCAAGGGCUCCAGAACUUCACUAAAGGUGCCCGUGAACUCAUUCAGCGUCUACAAAAAAUUUAUGGCGACAAUUAUCCUGAAACAUAUGGUAGCCUUCAAGUCCAUAUGAAGGAUGAAAUUCCGUUAGCUCCAGGUGGUAGUUUCACAAAGUCCAAGAAGAAAAAUAUAGACAUAAGGCAACUCAAAUGCAAAUUGAAGGAUAUCUACUUUCCAUAUAUCCAGUGUGAUGAAUUGUCCAAGAAAGGAAGAAAAAUAAUGCCAAUUGAAUUCCAGGUUAAUGGCGACAAUUUAGAAGAAAUUCCAGGUGGAGAGAUAGCAAUUACAAAUCUAAAUACAUGCAAUGGUCCAGAAUUUGUGUUGCAACUUCGUUUUCCUUUGAAUCAUGACAAUGCUACUAGUACAAGAAGUACAGGUGAUGACCUUACAUGUGACAAUGCAAAUCUUGAAGGUGAAUCAGGGUCACGCUCUAAGCAAUUGAGAAAGCCACUUCUAUUCUCUAGGAAUGUUUAA